UGUGGCCUGGACGGUAAGCUUUUUGAAUUUCCUAGGACUCCAAGGAUAGAGAGUAUCAAAGAAAAAGGCACAGGUAGUGAAACAGGAAGUAAUCUACCUGGGGUAUGAGGUGAGUGCUGGGCAACGGACUCUAGGGCAGGCUCGCAAGGAAGCCAUAUGCCAAACCCCAAAAUCCCAGACAAUAAAAAAACUCCGAACCUUCUUGGGCAUGGCAGGGUGGUGCCGGCUGUGAGUUUAUAAUUAUGGACUGCUCGUCAAACCCCUCUAUGCUCUUAUUGCCUGUGGAAACAGAGAUCUCCAGUGGACGAAAGAAGCCACACGGGCCUUUCACCAGCUAAAAGUUGCCCUCAUGUCAGCUCCAGCCCUAAGACUUACAGAUCUUCCUUUCACAGUGGAAAUCAAGGGGAAGCAGUGCACCACGAUUGCCUGGAGACCAUUGAAGCUACCUACUCCAGCCGCCCAGACUUAAAGGACACUCCUUUGGACGAUGCAGAGACCUGGUUCACUGAUGGGAGUAGCUACGUUGCCAAUGGAAAGCGACAUGCUGGGUAUGCAGUAACCACCUGCAGAGAGGUAAUAGAAUCCGGACCCUUACCAACAGGCACCUCUGCACAGAAGGCUGAGAUAAUUGCCCUGACCCUUGCCUUAGAAAUGGCAAAAGGAAAGAAGAUGAACAUCUACACAGACUCGAAGUGUGCAUUCGGAGUCGUGCAUGCACAUGGAGCCAUCUGGAAAGAGAGGGGACUUCUGACCUCACAGGGAAAGAACAUCAAACAUGCACAAGAGAUAAUUCAGCUGUUGAAAACAGUUCAGCUGCCUGAAAAGGUGGCAGUUAUGCAUAUCAAAGCACACCAAGGAGUGAGUUCAGAAUUGGAAGAAGGAAAUGAGCUGGUGGAAAGAGAAGCAAAGGAAGCAGCAAAAGGUGAGGUAACUAUUCAAGGAGCCCUAAUUCCAGAUGGAGAAAUUUCCCUUGAAGGUAAGACAGAAUAUAAUAAGAGAGAUAGAAAAUUAAUUGAAGAUCAAAAAGGGACAUAUAACCAAGAAGGGUGGGCUACCAUUGAAAAAAAGCUGGUAAUCCCUUCCCAUUUAUUGUGGUCACUAGUAAGAGAAGAGCACCAGAAAGCACACUGGGGAAUAGAUGCCCUAUGCACCUUCUUGAUUGAAAGAGUAGUUGCUAGGAACUUAUACGCCACUAUUACUCAGGUGACCCGACAAUGUGAUCUUUGCCUUCAGACUAACCCCAAAAUUGCUCCCAAGCCGAAACUCAGUCAGAUUGGGAGAGGCCAUGGGCCUGGACAGCAGUGGCAAAUUGCCUUUUCAGAACUCCCAAGUAAAGGAGGGCUUUGGUAUUUAUUGGUAUUGACAGAUACAUUUUCAAGGUGGCCAGAAGCAUUCCCCAGCAGAACUAUCAAAGCUCGAGAGGUGACCAGAGUGUUAUUACAAGAAAUAAUACCACGCUUCCAAGUUCCAGCCACAAUAUCCUCAGACAGAGAAUCACAUUUCAUUUCCAAAAUAGUGCAAACACGUGGCUGGAGCUCGGAGCAGGGAGCUAGAUAGGCCAAUACAUAACAUACAGCCUAGAGAUUAUGUAUAUGUUAAGUCUCUUACAGAGAAAACUUUGGAACCACUGUAGGAGGGACCGACCGUUCCAGGUGCUUCUCACCACCUUCACUGCAAUCAAGAUCAAGGAGCAGAAUGCCUGGAUCCAUCACUCUCGAGUGAAGAAGGCCCCAGAAGCCCCCUCUUAGAGAGUGACAUCAGGAGGCAAUGAACUGAGACUAAAGCUUACACGGGCAAAAAUGAGUAUAUGGCAGUCGGGAAUGGUUCAUACUUUCACUUGCAGAAUUGUUUUGUAUAUAUUUAUAACUGAUCUUGCUAAUUUGGAAUUUGAGAAUACUACAAUGAGUAGCUAUGUUAACAUCCCUAUCAAAUGUACAUGGCAAAACAUUAAGAGACAGCUAUUUACAUAGGGGUCUGCAUUAAGUAAAAGAAUUUACUUAUUUUCUAGGAAAGGGGGGAAUGAGCAAAGUAGAAAAUUUCCAGGUUCCAGGGUAGAAAUCCAUUUUGACAUCUUUUAGUUAAGCCUUGGAAUCUUAGCUGUUUAGUCUGAGCUCAGAAAAAAAUUGCUCCAGUGAAGGGCAGAGAUAAGGCGGGGAGAGACAAGUCAACUUUGCCUAGGAAUUCUUUCUGAUAACAAAGAACUAGCGCUAAAUGUCACGGGAAGUCUGUAAAAUGAAUAUGUAUGAACCUAUUGUGAAAUUGUAUGCAUAUGUAUUUGGGGAGAAAGAUAAAAAGGGGACCUGAAGAUCCCAGAGGUACGCAUGCCUUUUAAGGAGAGUAAUCCCCGCAUGCGUCCUGCGCUGCAAUAAACAUACCAGCUUUAAAACUUUUACAAAGUUGUGGAGUUUUUGAUUUUCUCCGCAAAACAGUAGGUAGCCACAAAGGCAGUUCCCAGCACUGCGAAUUUUUCCUUAUGUAGUCCUUUUGUUGUGUUUUUGUUACGGUUUAAUAAACCUUUUUAAAUUUUCAAAGUGAGCAGUUGUCUCUCAUAGCUGUGUCGGCUUAUGGGGUAUUGUUUUAAAGAUAAGUUGUUUAAAGGUAAAAGUUUUUAUUAUUUAUGUUUAAAAUCAUCUUCAUUUCUGGGAACAGAAAUUUUCUUUUUCUUUUCCUGGAAGUACAGGAGUACUUUUUUUUUUUUCUGUUUAAACUUCUCAUGGGAUUACAGCUAUUUUAACAUCUACUUAUUUUAGUAUGGAGGCUUUUCUUCAAUAUUAAUUUGAACAC